UUACCCCAAACUUAGAGUAAAUCUCGUGAAAUCGGAGAAAAUUAUUCAUCUCCUUCCUCCGACUUUCAACUCACAUCGCUCCUCCCGUCCUCCCCUACCUGGAGGCUGCAGCUCCUGGCCUCCCGGGCAACUAGGGUUCGGCAAAUCCCCCGCAAGGAGGGUGAAACCCUUCCCCAAAACUCCCCAAUCCCCACCCGACCUUCUUCGAAAUCGGAGGCAAAACCCUAAUCGCAAACAGCUCGUCCUCGCGCGGCCGCCGCUCCGCAGCAAUGGCGUCCCUCUUCAAGGACCCGACCAAGCUGUCCGCGUACCGGGACAGGCGGUUCACCGGGACGCAGGAGGAGUACGAGGCGGCGCUGCAGGCGUCGGUGACGGUGUACGUCGGGAACAUGUCCUUCUACACCACGGAGGAGCAGGCCUAUGAGCUCUUCUCCCGCGCCGGCGAGAUCAGGAAGAUCAUCAUGGGACUCGACAAGAACUCCAAGACCCCCUGCGGCUUCUGCUUCAUACUGUACUACUCCAGGGAGGAUGCUGAAGAUGCGGUCAAAUAUAUUAGUGGAACAAUGCUUGAUGAUCGCCCAAUUCGUGUUGAUUUUGAUUGGGGCUUUGAAGAAGGCAGACAAUGGGGUCGUGGACGGAGUGGUGGACAAGUAAGGGAUGAGUACCGCACGGACUACGAUCCUGGAAGAGGUGGCUAUGGUAAGAUGGUUCAGAAAGAGCUAGAAGCACAACGUGAGUUAGUUGACUAUGGAGGUGCUUUUCAACCUAAUGCACCACCUCAAUAUGACAGAGGUGACAGGAAGAGAGGGUAUGGAGAUUCUUACCGGAACGACAGAGAUUACCAACGGAAACGUUACCGGAACGAUGAGCGAUCGUCGCAAAGAGCACCUGACUCUGAGUUCAAGAGAGAUGCGAUUGAUUCGGAGAAGAAUCCUAGGUUUCGUGAGAAAGGUGAUUCUGAUGAAGAAGACGAUGAUUAUGAUAAGAGACGCCGGCGCUGAACUGAAAGAAACAAUUGCUGAUAAAUGCAAAUGGGCAGUUGCAGUGACUACACUAGUAAAGCCCGUCGAGCUUAUGUUUUUUACCCUGUUGUGUACCAUAUGACUUAUAUAUCUGUCGUCAGCUCAUUUCUAUGUUGCGGUUCAUCACCACAUGCUUGCAUAGGUCUCGCAUGCGACUGGGAAUGGAUUUUGUGUUUAUUGACACUUCAGCUUAUGUAUUGACCUGUUAUUUAGGUUGGCAACUAAUUGAUUUUGGUCGGUAACAAUUACCUUGCGAACUAUCUGAAAAACUGCCGCCUUAAACUUGCAAA